CUCUGACAGCUGCACAACAUGGACUCGACGAGUCAACAGAGCUCAAUUAACGAACUUAAGGAGCAAAUUCGCUCUCUGACUGACGAAACUGUACAGCUGCGGGAACGAAAUGAAGUGCUGUUUAGUAAGCUUGACUCGGCCCAGAUCAAACUGGGUCAGCAGGCUGCGUCAAAGAGCGAGCUGUCUGUCAAACUGGUCCAGUGUGAGGAAGACAAACUGAAGAUCUCUAAAGACCUUGUUGAUGUGCAGAUUGAGGCCAAUAAAAUGAGAGAGAGGUAUGAAGCAGAAAUCUUUGACCUGAAAAACAUGGUUUUAUCUCAGGAGGGAACGGCCUCAUCUCUUCAGACGGAGCGUGACCGGCUCAGAGAUGAAGUGUCGGCAGCAUCGGCCCGUUUAGAAGUCAUUGAGCGGAACGAGCGUGACCUGGCCGAAGAGUACGCGGUGCUAAAGAGCAACUUCCUGUCGUUGAGGAGUGCUUAUGAAAGGGAACGCACACACUCCGAAGAGCUCAGCGCUGAGCUGCUCGCCCUCGCACACACACACGACACACUCCUGCAGGAGAGAGAGCGGACGCACAGACACACGAUGGAGGUGGAGAGGGUUCGAGCGCUCAUCAGCAGGGCGUCACUGAACAGAGUCAGCCCAGAGGAGUUUGAACACAGCAAGAGCCCACUGGAAAAAAACGGAGCGUGGAAUAACCUGAGAGAUGAGCUAGAAAACCUGAGGAAGAGCUACGAGGGACACCAACGACAACUGGAGGAGAAAGUUGUGGCCAUGGGCAGAGAACAACAGGAGAAUAAGAGAGCCAUUCAAAACACCCGACACGAGCUAUCCCAGCAGUCUGCAACACUGAUCAUAUCUCAACAUCAGCUGAAGGAGGCUGAGACUCAGGUCUCUGAACUACAAAAUCACCUGAAGGAACUCAACAGAGAGUACAGGGCCCGACUCACACACUAUAUUCAGGACGUUACAGAGUCUGUAACUGCAGCUGGUGGUGGUGAUUUGGGACAGAAGUUGAAGGGUAUUGUCGAGUCCAUGCUGGAGGAGAUGAAAAUAUCAUAUCGCUCCAGAGAGGAACAACUCACCAAAGCUGCCAAAACAUACCACAAACGCAUACAGGGUCUGACCAACGCCCUUCAACAACUACUCGUUGCUUACAGACUGCAACGUGAGCAGAUCCUGGCACUCCCUGAACACGCUUUAGAGGCCGGACCCCCUGAGGCCCACUUCUGUCCCGCGGGGCCUGAACCGAGAGGAGACACUGAGAGAGAGAUACACAGACUGAGAGAGGACAAAGCCCGCCUGGAGAGCCAACUGAAACUUGCUCGAGAACAGAUGGCUGUGUUGUCCGAGUCUUCUCAGAGGGCUGGACUGACACAAGAGGCCUGGAAUGAUGUUAAAAAACAGCUCAGAGAAAUAACAAACUCCACACAGGAAUCUCAAGAGAAGGAGCGUGUCCGUCUGAUCACCCGAGCGACGGUUGCUGAGGAGCAGGUGUCUGAGCUCAAGGAGUAUGUGGACAAUCACCUGGGCAGGUAUAAACUGGAGAUUACGCGACUGCGCAGGCUUCUGGGAUCACAGGAGGGAAGAUCAAAUAGUGCACGAGUCCAUAAGCCCCGCCCACUCCACAAGGCUUUCAAAAACAGCAGUUAUGAAAUAUAGUGCAGUAAUCCUUAAGCCCCGCCCACUCCA